GGGUUCUUUGGAAGUCCCCUCCCCUCCCCCGAGCCCUUUGCUUCCAGCGAACUCGGUUACUAUGGAAACGGCACAAGCAGCCCCUCCUCCCCCUCCUCCACAUUGUCCGUGUCUUCUCCGUCCUCCUCGUCCUCCCCUGCGCUGGACGGCGUCUCCCAGCAGGCCGUGCGCUCCUCUCCGGCUCCGCCCACCUCCGGUCCCUCCACCCAGCCACCGGAUUGGCUGAACUCCGUGACAUCGCUGACUGGCGUCAUUCCUCUCGCCACCACCGGCUCGCCUGACACAGCCUGCCAGCUGAUCACUGAGCCACAGUGUCACAUGCUGCCGUACAACCACACCUGGCUGGCGUCCUCUGCUGCCGUGGUGAGGAGCUCCGAGGUGGACAUGCUGCUCAGGUUCUUCAGCUACCUCAGCAGGCUCUCCUGCUACAGACACAUCCUGCUGUUCGGCUGCUCGCUGGCGCUGCCGGAGUGUGUGUCUGCUGACGGCGUUCAGGACAGGCGUGUGGUGCUGCCCUGUGCGUCCUUCUGUGAAGCUGCCAGAGAAGGUUGUGAGCCAGUUCUCCAGAUGUUCAACGCCUCCUGGCCCGACUUCCUGCGAUGUUCUCAGUUCAACAACACCGUGCCAUCUUCAUCACCUUCAUCAUCCUCAUCUUCAUCGCCUCCUCCGGUCUGCUACUCACCGAGGCAGAUGAAAGGGAAGUCCUCUGUGUGUGGAGGGACGGACAGCUUCCUGUGUGCAUCAGGACUGUGUGUCUCCCAGAAGCUGGUGUGUAACGGCUUCAAUGACUGUGACGACUGGAGCGACGAGACACACUGCGUUUGUACAGAUGCAGAGUUUCGCUGCAGCACAGGUCGCUGUCUGUCACCCUCUCUGGUGUGUGACGGGUAUGAUGACUGCGGUGACCUUAGUGACGAACUCGACUGUGUGUGUGAGCCGUCCCGGGAGCACCGCUGUGGGGACGGACGCUGUGUGUCCUCAGACUGGCUGUGUGACGGAGACCACGACUGCCUGGACAAGAGCGACGAGUUCAACUGCUCCUGUAGAAGCCAGGGUCUCCUGGAGUGCAGGAACGGUCAGUGCAUCCCUCUGGCCUUCCACUGCGACGGUGAGGAUGACUGUAAGGAUGGCAGUGAUGAAGAGCACUGCAACCGAGAGCAGACUCGGGGUGUGUGUGUCCCCGGUCAGCUGGACUGUAGCUCCGCCUCCUGUCAGUCAUCCUGCGGAGGAGGAGGCUCCACCUGCAACCUGAGAAACAACUGCACCGCCUGUGAGCCCAUCAGCCUGGAGCUGUGCAUGAACCUGCCCUACAACCUGACCAGCUACCCCAACUACCUGGGCCACCAGUCCCAGAGGGAGAGCGCCGUGUCCUGGGAGUCCUCGCUGUUCCCGGCCCUGGUCCAGACCGGCUGCUACCAGUUCCUCAUGUUCUACGCCUGCACCCUGCUGGUGCCCAAGUGUGACCCGCUGACCCUGCAGAGGGUCCCGCCCUGCAGGUCUCUGUGCCGGACUGCGAAGGAGAAGUGUGAGUCGGUGCUCGGCAUCGUGGGACUGCAGUGGCCGGAGGACUCGGACUGCGUCCAGUUCCCGGAGGACGGCGGGGACGCGUCGUGCCUGCUGCCCGAGGACGGCGUGGACGAAUGCUCACCCAGCCACUUCAAGUGCCGGUCGGGUCGCUGCGUCCUGGCAACCAAACGCUGUGACGGACACCCGGACUGCGACGACCGCAGCGACGAGGACCACUGCGGCUGCUCGGAGCGUGCUCUCUGGGAGUGUCCCGGCAGUUCAGUCUGCAUCCAGACCAGUAUGAUCUGUGAUGGCUUCCCAGACUGCCCCCUGCUGGUGGACGAGGCCAACUGCUCUGUGUGUAGAGAUAAUGAGGUCUCCUGUAACAACCAUCAGUGUGUCCAUCGAACUCUGUGGUGCGAUGGAAGGAAACACUGCUCCGACAGCUCUGAUGAGUGGAACUGUGUGUCGCUGGACAGCUCUGGGCUCACCGUGCUCAGAACGGCCUCGGAGUACCAGGUGUGCGCCGACGAGUGGAACCCCGAGCUGAGCGCCCUGACCUGCCAGCAGCUGGGACUAGGAGUCCCCUCCUAUGUUGCCAUGGUAACUGACGACCCCCGCUCCCCUGGCCGUCGCCGUUGGUUACACGUCCAUCCGGAGUGGAGUCAGAGGAACGGCACGGCGCUGCAGGGCCGGCUGGAGAAGAGGAGCCAUGCAUGUCAUUCCAGGAAGAAAGUGUCUCUCUUCUGCUCCAGAGACGACUGUGGUCUUCGUCCAGCAGUGGGCGUCCACCGUCAUAGGAAGAAGAGGAUUCUGGGAGGUCGGGUGUCCCGCCGGGGGGCGUGGCCUUGGCAGUGCUCGCUGCAGAGCGGUCAGAGCGGCCAUGUUUGCGGCUGCGUGCUGAUCGCCCGGCGCUGGGCGCUGACCGUGGCCCACUGCUUCGAGGGGAGGGAGCGGGCCGACCUGUGGACCGUGGUCCUGGGACUCAGCAACCUGGACCACCCGGGCGUCCACAGCCAGAGACGCGGGGUGCGCUCCAUCAUCGUCCACCCCCGCUACAACCGGGCCGUGGUGGACUACGACAUCAGCGUGGUGCAGCUGGACGCCGAGGUGGAGGAGACGCUCUACGUCCGUCCUGUGUGUUUGCCCCGCCCCUCACAGCUGCCCACACCCGACUCCUACUGCUACAUCACCGGCUGGGGCCACAUGGGCAACCGCAUGCCCUUCAAGCUGCAGGAGGGCGCCGUCCGGAUCAUCUCUCUGUCUCAGUGUCAGUCCUACUUCGACAUGAAGACCAUCACUCCCAGAAUGCUUUGUGCCGGAUAUGAUGCCGGAACAGUCGACUCGUGCAUGGGGGACAGCGGGGGCCCCCUGGUCUGUGAGGGUCCGGGGGGGUUCUGGACCCUGUUCGGGUUGACCUCGUGGGGCAGUGUGUGCUUCAGUAAGGUUCUGGGACCCGGAGUCUACAGUAAUGUGACCCACUUCACCCCCUGGAUCCAGCAGCAGAUCUACCUGAACACGUACCUGGUCCACUGAUGCCCCCUGGUCCACUGAUGCCCCCUGAUCCACUGAUGCCCCCUGGUCCACUGAUGCCCCCCAAGCAGAAAAAAGACAGGGACGCUUGCUGGAAGAAAGCGUCGCUGUCUUUGUCCUCCCAUGAUGCUUCACUCCACAGUGCCUGUACUUCACAGCAGCCGGGGCAUCAGGUGAGCCCCCCCCCCGAGGCCUGCUGCAGGGUGUCCAGCCCUGCAGUAGCUCCGCGGCGCCACCAGGAGGCGUUUGGUUUGCUAGUUUUAGAUGUGAGGUGUUGUCGCUCGCUAACAGACCCGUAACUGCCAGACUAGAGCCAGCUUGAUGACCAAGCACAAAUGUAGCACACUGAUAACAGUCCAUGUUCUCAAAGGGGAGCGCGCCGCUGCGCUAGGCUAGGCUAGGCUAUGCUAGGCUAGGCUAGUCAUACUCGUCCUGUAUUUGCAAGCUUUUUCACCGUGGUUACAAGGAGGAAAGCAGCAGAGGUUCAGCCCGUCGCCACGGCAACAGCACCUCCACCAACAUCCACCAGGAGCCGGCCAGGCACUGCAGGGGGCGUGGCUUAUCGAGAGUUGGGCGUGUCCAGUGGUCAAAUGUGAAAUUAAAAUGAAAAGUGAAGAAGAGAUUGCUGUAAACACUGCCGUUGCCCUGGACGACCUGCCGUUACCGUGGACGACCUGCCGUUACCGUGGACGACCUGCCGUUACCGUGGACGACCUGCCGUUGCCGCGGACGACCUGCCGUUGCCGUGGAUGACCUGCCGUUGCCGCGGACGACCUGCCGCUGCUGAGAACAUCCACAACAUUCCAAGUGGCUGCUGUUGAUGUUGAUUUUGUUGUUUGUUUUUUCUACAGCUUCUACAGUAUUUUUCUACAGCUUUUUGUAAGUCACACUAAUGAAGCAGUGUGUGUGUGUGUGUGUGUGUGUGUGUGUGUACGUGCGUGCGUGCGUGUGUGUGUCUUGUUAGCACUUUGUUGAUGAUGGAAGUGUUGUCAUACAGUUGUGUAAUCAGUGAUUAUUUGAUUUGUAUCUCCACAAUAAAUCUCACACACCCUG